AUGGCGGCCAUGCGAGACCCCGAACUCGACGACGUGCCUCCUCCACCGUACUCCGAGACAGACAUCUACUCAAACUCUGGCCGGCCGUCUAAUCCGCCCUCAAACUCACCACACAUCUCGUCUCAUCAUGGCGCCGACGACGCUGCAUCGCGCGGCUCUUCGCACGCCUCAUCACACAGCGAAGUCAUCUACACCCCGCCAUUGACACCCCGCACCGGUGGCCCAGGCAGCAGCGGCGGCGGUGGUGUUCACCAUCAUAGCUCGAAUGCAAGCCUCGACCUCUCCAGCCGCUCUCUCGCGGCGACUGGAGGAGGAUCUCACCAGUCUCAAUCUUUCGCCGGGUCUGUAUCGGCAUCGACAACAGCGUACUCGGAGUUCACGGCAUCCUAUUUCGAAUCCAGGCCGGCGCCCGCGGCACUUGCUCCGUCAUCCAGGGACCAGCUCCUCGUCCACGCACUGACCGUCACCCCGACCUCGACACCGGACGACGUACCCUACUCCCCGGCCUGGGCCCCUCGCGACGUCACGCAGCAGGACUGGGCGACGUUCCUGAAUUGCCUGAUACCGCACCACGCUGCAGCGCGGAACGAGGCCGUCAUCGAUCGUAAGCUGCAGGCCGAGGAGGAAGCUCUUGCUGCCGCUGCUGCUGCCACAUCGAAUGGACACGGUACAGGGCAGAGCAUCAGCGGCGGUAGUGCUCACGCUUCGGCGCAACUGGAUCAGAUCCGCGCUGACAGGGACACCGAUCCCAGCGCGGCGGCCGCUGCUUCGGGCACGAGGAGGGAGGAAGCAGAGGGUGUGGUCGCGCAAUGGAACGAGGGGUUCUUCCGGCCCAGGGGCAUGCUCAUCACGCUGGUACCUGAGGUAGCGGAGGACGAUUUGCACAUGCCGGGCGCGUGGGACCGGUCCUUUGACAGAAACGCUGAGAAUCCUGCUAUCGGAGGCGGCAGCCGUGAUCUUGGUCUCGGUGAUGGAAGUGGCAGCGGCGGUCCCACGCCCAUACCGUUCCCAGCGCAUCCUGGUCAAGGGCCCGCGAUGCAAACCCAGCAGCAAGCUCAGUCUGGCUCCAACGAAUCACGAAAUAGCUGGAGCUUUGGCGGUAUCACUGUCUCCACGGACGGCAUUAACAUUGGCGACCGCAUUGUCGCAGGCAGCAACGGUAUUCGAGUAGGCAACCUUAUUGCGGACGAGAACGGCAUCAGGUUUGGAAGCACCACUACGCCGCGUGCGCAAGCACAUUAUGCCGGACCCGGGUGGGCCCCUCCUCCGCCGCCUGCACCUCCGGGUCCGCCACCGGUGCCCAUGUUUGGCGGUACCGGCCAUGUUCCAGGACCCUUUUCCCCGACAGGGCCACCUCACCCUCAGCCACCUAUCAUUCCACAUCCGAACCCACAGCAUCCCUUCUACCAAGGCAGCGGCCCAGAACAACAACACGCUCGCCAUGAGAGCGGAGAUGGCGGCAGAGGCGGAGUAGCAGGCCGCGGUCGACCUCCCGGCCGGUACCCCUCAGACCAGCGCUCCAUCUCAACCUCCUCCGCCUCUUCUUCAUCCUCAGCAUCCUCAGCAUCCUCCGUCGGCUCACUGCCAGACUACGAAGACCUCUAUCCCUCACAGCUCCCCAUCUACAAGCAGCGUAUCACCACUUGGCUAUCACACCCAGAACAGCCCGUGACGAAAGACGAUAUUGCGCAGCUCCGCGAGGACAUACGUUCCGCCGGGUCCACAGCGGCGACGCAAUCUCAGCAGCAGCCAGAGAAAGGACCAGAAGGCUGA